UUGGUGCCCGCGCCGCAGCUAUUGCGUGUUUGUCCCUGCAGCGCCAACGGAGCCUGCCCUGGGGCAGCCCAGCGGAGCAGGGAGGAGCCCCUUCCCUAACCCGUCUGCCCGCCAUGGCGACGAGGCCUGGCGGCCCCUGAACGAGACCGGCCGCCGUCGUCACCACCGCAGGGACCCAACCAGCCCCCGCCUCCCGCUCGGCUCGGCUCCAGCCUUCUCCCUCCGCCACAACAUGGAGGCCGUGAAAGCUUUUAACAGCGAGUUGUACUCGCUGAACGACUACAAACCUCCUAUUUCGAAGGCUAAAAUGACACAGAUCACUAAGGCAGCAAUCAAGGCUAUAAAGUUCUACAAGCAUGUUGUACAAAGUGUUGAGAAAUUCAUUCAAAAGUGUAAACCAGAAUACAAGGUGCCUGGAUUAUAUGUUAUUGACUCUAUCGUUCGCCAAUCUCGACAUCAGUUUGGACAAGAAAAGGAUGUGUUUGCUCCUAGAUUUAGCAAUAACAUCAUUAGCACUUUCCAGAAUUUAUACCGUUGCCCUGGAGAUGACAAGAGCAAAAUUGUUAGAGUCCUCAACUUGUGGCAGAAGAACAAUGUGUUCAAAAGUGAAAUUAUCCAGCCUCUACUGGAUAUGGCAGCAGGAAUUCCUCCCCCAGUUGUGACCCCCGUCUUGCCUGGGACAACUGCUACGAUGAGUAACAAUACACCAGGAACUCCAGUGACACCUGCUACGCCGGCCAAUGUGAUCCAAAGUUUACCCGAUCCUUGGGUGUCUCAGAUAACUAAUACAGAUACCCUUGCUGCUGUAGCACAGAUCCUGCAGAGUCCACAAGGCCAACAGCUUCAGCAGUUAAUACAGACAUUGCAAAUGCAACAGCAGAAACCACAGCCAUCACUACUUCAAGCACUGGAUGCUGGUCUCGUUGUUCAGUUACAAGCCCUCACUGCACAACUUACAGCUGCGGCCGCUGCCACCAAUACACUUAAUCCACUAGAGCAGAGUGUCUCUUUUAACAAGAAGCUGAUGGAUAGGUUUGGAGAUUUUGGGGAAGAACCUGACAUUAAUGAAGAGCCUAAAAAAGAAACGCCAGCUUCUCAACUGCCCCUUGUAUCUGAAUCUGUGAACAACUCACUUUUCCAUCAACUAGCCGAACAAUUACAGCAACAAAACAUCGAACAUCUUCGUCAGCAGCUUCUAGAGCAGCAGCCUCCAAAGGCAAGCCCUGAGGAAACACAAGAAGAAAAUUUUGGUUCUGAGCAUUCAGCCUCACCCUCACAAGACAGUAGCCACCAGCAGUUUUUAGAAGUGGAAACUAACCUUGACAAUUCAAUGGAUGUUCAACAACAGGAUAUGGAUAUUGAUGAAGGCCAAGAGGUUGUAGAACAAGAAGUUUUUGAACAAGAGGAAAAGAAAUCAGCAGUUCUUUCAAGAUCAAGAACACGUUCAAGAUCUCGUUCAAGGUCUCCAAGAAAAAGAAGGUCUAGAUCGCGAUCUGGCUCUCGAAAGCGUAAGCACAGAAAGCGGUCCCGGUCUAGAUCAAGAGAAAGAAAGAGGAAGUCGUCAAGGUCAUACUCAAGUGAAAGAAGAGCUCGAGAAAGGGAAAAAGAACGACAGAAAAAGGGGUUACCCCCUAUACGAUCCAAAACACUAAGUGUAUGCAGCACCACACUUUGGGUUGGUCAGGUGGACAAAAAAGCCACACAACAAGAUUUAACCAAUUUAUUUGAAGAAUUUGGACAAAUAGAAUCCAUAAAUAUGAUCCCUCCCAGAGGUUGUGCAUAUGUCUGUAUGGUUCAUAGACAAGAUGCCUAUCGUGCGCUUCAAAAACUAAGCUCUGGAUCCUACAAGAUUGGAUCUAAAAUUAUUAAGAUUGCAUGGGCUUUAAAUAAAGGGGUGAAAACCGAAUACAAACAAUUUUGGGAUGUGGAUCUUGGAGUUUCAUAUAUACCUUGGGAAAAAGUGAAAUUGGAUGAUUUAGAUGGCUUUGCAGAAGGAGGCAUGAUUGACCAGGAAACAGUAAAUAGUGAAUGGGAAACUGCAAGAAGUUCAGAACCUGUAAAAGAGCCUGUGCAAACAACUCAGAGUACAACAGUUGACAAGGCCACAGCUGUCACAACACAAACAGAAACAACAUACACACAGUCUGUCACCAUGUUACAGAUUCCUGUAGCUUCAGCGGUGCCAGCUGUUAGUUUAGUUCCACCAGCAUUUCCUGUUACAAUGUCUGUCCCUCCUCCUGGCUAUAGCACGAUUCCUCCACCUCCCUUUUUGAGAGCAAGCUUCAAUCCUUCACAGCCACCUCCUGGUUAUAUGCCGCCUCCUGUUCCACCUCCUGUUCCACCACCAGUAGUCCCAGCUUCUCUUGUACAGCCUUCACUACCACUUGCUCAAGAAUCAAUGAAAGAUUUUACCAGCCUUGUUCUGCCAGUUGGUACUGUUUCUAGUAGUCUUACCACUCCCACAUUAUCUGCUGGAAGUGUCUUUGCUCCUCUUUCAAGUAACAACUCAGACUUGGAUGAAAAAGGAUCUCACCAUGCAGACCUUCAGAUCUCAUCUAGUGAAAACAGAGCUGUUCAAGAUGAUGUUUCAAGCAGUUCUGGACUUAUUGGGGGAGUGCAGCCACCCGGUGUUUCAACGAGUUCUGGGCUUGUAGGGGGAAUGCAGCCACCCGGUGUCUCAAGUAGUAGUUCUGGGCUUGUGCAGCCGCCCAGUGUCUCAAGCAGCUCUGGACUUUUGACAAGAGUUCAGCCACCGAGUGCUUCAAACAGCUCUGCACUUCUGGCAGGUGUUCAGCCUCCAAGUGUCUCAAGCAGCUCUGGGCUUCUGACAGGACUCCAGCCUAUGAGUGUCUCAAGCAGCUCCAGCCUUCUAAUGGGACUCCAGCCACCCAUAGUGUCAAGUAACUCUGGGCUUUUGUCAGGAGUUCAGCCACCCAUAGUUUCAAGUAGUUCUGGGCUUUUGACAGCACUCCAGCCACCCAUUGUAUCAAGCAACUCUGGCCUUCUGGGAUUGCCACCACCAAUUGUAUCAAGUAGUUCUGGACUGUUAGGAUUACCACCACCAAAUCUUUCCAGUGGUUCUGGACUUCUAGGGCUACAGCCACCCACUGGAAUCCAAAAUCUACCCCAUUUAACUAUUGCUGGUCAAAGGUUGCCUGGAUUGCCUCUAGUAGAUAUCCGCUCAGGACUAAUGCCACAACCACCUGGGCCAAGAUUUCCACUACUACAGCCUGGAAUGCCACCACAGCGUAAUAUCCCUCCUCCAAAUAUCCUUGAUCCAUCCCUUCCUCCACCUAGAGCUCCUUUCCUUUCAGGAGAACUUUUUACUCAAACAGAGAGGCCGUUUGGAACUUCUGGUAGGCAAAAUGUUGAUCAUAUUUCUAAUCCUGAUAAAAGAAUGCCACUUGGAGAUGACAGCAUGCAGCAAGAAGGAGAUAGAGACUACCGUUUUCCUCCAGUAGAAAACAGAGAAAACCUUAAUCGGUCAUCUUCGAUGGAUAUUAGGGAUUCUGUUGGAAGGCCACCACUAGAUCCAAGAGAGGGUCUAGGAAGACCUCCAAUAGAUGGAAGAGAGCAUCUUUCCAGGCCACACAUAGAUUUAAGAGAGAACUUUGGUAGACCAGGUAUGGAUAACCUUGGUAGGAGAGACCAUUUUGCUUUCAAUUCAGAUAAGCACUGGGGACAAAGAGGAGAUUAUGAUGAAAGAGAGCACCAUGUUUUUACUGUUUAUGGUGGUCUUAAAGGCUUCCAGGAAGAUCGAGAAAGGUAUCGACAAACAAACUACAGAUUUGAAACUCGAAGCGGUCCUAGCUGGAAUAGGGGACUCGAACAGGAUACUCACAGAGACUUUGAUGACCGCCGUAGACCCUGGGAAAGGCAGAGGGACAGGGAUGACAGAGAUUUUAAUUUUGGCAGAGAAAUUAAUGGAAACAGAUUUGGGAGAGAGAGAAUACAGAACAACUGGAUACCCCCUCCGCAUCCAAGAGUAUUUGAAUAUUUUGAAGGUGGCACUUCUCAACAAAAAGCUGACAGUGUGCCCCAAGUUAAUGGUGAAAAUGCAGAGACUGAGAGUCAGCCAUCUGUGCAAGUACAGGAUGAAUCGGAACUUUACGAAAAGCUGACACCUUCAAGUGACACAAAAAAAGAGAAGAGUGACACAGAAGCUGAAUUAGGAAGUGAACCAGUGGUAGAAAGCACAGAAACUGAGGGGACAUAAUCAUCACUCAGUAGGCAAUAUGAUGAAGGAUGUUGUGGCAACUUACCGUGUGCUGGGCUCGACAGAGUUAAAUAAGAAGUACCUCAGUGUUCUAAUGGGCAUCACAUCGGAUCUUGAUUGUGAAGUAUUAGAAGGAAGGAACCUGGCAUUGCAUUUUGAGGUGGCACUGUGUGUCAGUACACACUUUCUGAUAAAAACCAGGGAUUACAAACAUACCUACCAGUAUUACCUGUCUGGAGCAGGCUUAAUUUUAUAAAUUGAAAGCAAUAAACUCUAUGAGUUUUUUUUAAAAUACCUUUUUUGUGUGUGUGUUUUCAAGGAUGAUCUGCUCAAAUGAACAGUUUUUGCAUCCAGUACAGAGAGAAGCUCUUCUGCAGGACCAGAAGAUAACACUGGACUGUAAAUUAUAACUAAAACCCACUCGUAUCUUCUAAUAUCAGUAAUCAAAGGAGAGGUUGCAAGAAAAGGACAAAAAAAGCUAUUUCCUUUCCCUUUCAGUCAUUUCAAAAUGUGUCCUUAGGAAGCUCUAUUUGAUGUAACCCCACAUGUGCUGUUGUUGUGUAGACCUUGAGUUGUGACUGGUGCCCUUAGUUCUAGACAUUUGCGCUGUCAGAGGUGCAAUGCCAAAGCAACAUCAUGUUUUGUGAUCUGUCAGUACACCACUUCUUCUUAAGCACUUAAAUUGUGGCACAGGCGGUCUUGGGAUUGGGUUGCAAGGCCCAGAAAAGACCUGAACAUUUUCAGGUUGAUGAACCCCACCAUGUUUAGAGUUUCAGAAGAAUUAGAAAUUAAAAUCUCUGGGCCAAUAUUUGGUCAAAUCCAUCCUUUGACUGCCUAUUCAUGCCUACAUAGCUGAGUGGCAAAGGGAAGUGAUGAUGAGAUAGAAAAUUAUAAUCAAUUAAUUUUAAAAUGCACUCAGCAGACAAGAGUUUGCAUACUCUUAAUUAGGCAAUGUUCUCUCUAAGCUCCCAAAGAAAAACUCUACAUUUCAGGUUCAAACAUGCGGGCUUAGUUUACUGAUCAACUAUGAAGGAAAAAGGAGAGGGAGAGAAGAGUGUGGACAUACGUCAUAUGUGAAAAGGGCAUUUUUGUCUACCUGCUAUUUAUGUUUUGUUCUGCCAGAAGUAAAGGGCCAGUCACUUGGAAUGCUGUGCUUUAUGAUCUUUUGAAGUCAGAACCGUUCAGCAAGAUCAUUCCCCUUAUGCUGUACCUGCAUGGUGGUGACCACAGCUUUAGACCUGUAUUAACAAUAAAUGAAAACAAAACAAAAAAGCUUAGAUGCAUAGUUCUGUUUUUUUCCUCAGUUCCUUUGACUUGUAAAGUAUGCCUUUUGUUGUGUGGCUUUAUUUAGCCUUCCAAAACAACAUGCUCAACUAGGGCGAGUUGCAACUCCCCAUGGGUGAACCGUCAUGGGCCAAAUAUCGCCUGCCUAUGCCCGUGCAACCAUAGCACCGUGCUGUUUCCCUGUUAUUUUCAGUCCUGCGGUCGCUACAGUCAUAGCUUUCUGUUUGCCUAUGUAUCACUAUCCAACUUCUAGUAGCAGGGCCAGUAGCAUGUUAAGGCCAGGAAACGGAGCGCUUGUAAGCACAACCACAGUAGCACUGCACUACAUUUCCCUGGCAGGGGAUACGUGACACCGCAAUAGCCAUUCUCCUGUUAUCUACGGCAUGGGAAGACCAUUAAUGGGGGCCAACUAAAAUGUCCCUGAAGAAUGAGUAAGCUUGCUCAGUAUUUUGUGACAUUUUAGUCGGUCUUAACAAUGAUAUCGCCUUAUUGUGGGUAUUCCCAAAGCAAAGUUAGGACCAACUAUCUUCACUGCAUUCUGUUGUUUGUUUUAAGUUCUUUAAGGAAAAGAAUGUACAACUAAUAUUUUGGUGAAGAAAAUCACUGAAACUGUCUGUGCCUGACUUUAUACACCGUGCUGUCAUUUAUUGGGAUCUGAUUUCUGAUUAUAUUCAUGUCAUUUUACUUGUGACCUCUUAUGUUGAGUGCAAUUUGAAUUUUCUAAGUUGUAUCUGUGUAGAUAUGCUAUUAAAAUGCUGUCCAUCUGACAUAAUAGUUUUG